UAAAAAAAUUAUAAUAAUUUAAUAUAAUCUAAAAAUAUCUUAAAUUUCGUUUAUCUUUAACUCUGUAUUUUUAUUUAAGUGUAUUAUAUUUACGUAUUUGUUUAGUCAAGAUUAUUCUUGGCGGGAUAUAGAGAUUUUUUAUAGAUUUUUUUUUUAUGUUACUAUUAAAAAUUCUUCUUAAUUUAAAUUUUGAUGUACCAACUCCCUGGGGUAUAUAUUUUCAAGAUAGUGCUACCCCCCAGUGUGAGGGGCUGAUCGAAUUGCAUGACCACAUCAUUAUCGUGCAAAAAAAAAGAGCCAAAUUCCGGGGACCUCUUAAAGCUCUAGUAACCAAGGAGAUUUGGUAAACUUAUCUCUGGCUUAGCUAAUCACUAUAGAUAUGGUAAUAUCACUAGAGAUAGAAAAAUAAUAUUUCAUUUCGAAAAUGGACUAUCGCGGAUCUAAAUCAGAUAAUGUUUUAUAUGUAAAAGAGCAACGAGUAGAUGGUUUUUCGGUUUGUCUUCAAUGCU